CCGAGGUGGCGGGACCGGAGUCACGUGCUUUGCGACCUUCCGCCGGGCUCUGGGUCCCCGGCUGGGGUUGCUAGGCAACGGAUAAACUCCGCGGCUGCUCUGAGCGGUUUGGGGAGAGGCGACCCAGACCUCGGCUCUGGCUCUGGUGCUGGCUUGCGUCCUCAGAGGCCCGGUGGUAGGCAGAGCCGACCCAAGGUUGUUAGAGGAAGAAGAGGAAUAGGGGAGAGAGCUCUAGAGACCCCUGGUUGAGAGCUGGUGUCCCAGUCACACAUGCAACAGGUGACAGUGUGAGUCUUGAGCCCCUUUCUCUGCACCAGGCCUUGGGCAUUGGACUAAGGAAGGAGACCACCAUCUCCAGGAGACAGCAGUGGAGUGUGGAGAGCAGCCACCAUUGCCAUGGAGAUCGUGUACGUGUACCUCAAGAAGCGCAGCGAGUUUGGGAAGCAGUGCAACUUCUCCGACCGCCAGGCCGAGUUGAACAUCGACAUCCCGCCCAACCCAGAGCUGGCCGAGCAGUUCGUGGAGCGGAGCCCAGUGGACACGGGCAUCCAGUGUUCAGCCAGCAUGUCAGAACAUGAGGCCAACACAGAGCGGUUUGAGAUGGAGACCCGGGGAGUUAACCACGUGGAGGGCGGCUGGCCCAAGGAUGUGAACCCGAUGGAGCUGGAACAGACCAUCCGCUUCCGGAAGAAAGUGGAGAAGGACGAGAACUACAUCAAUGCCAUCAUGCAGCUGGGCUCGAUCAUGGAGCACUGCAUCAAGCAGAACAACGCCAUCGACAUCUACCAGGAGUACUUCACCGACGAGGAGGCAGUGGAGGUGACAGAUGAGGCCCCUUCUGCUAAAACCAUCAAUGUUUUCAGGGACCCCCAGGAAAUCAAGCGGUCAGCCACACACCUUUCCUGGCACCCUGAUGGCAACAGAAAGUUGGCCAUAGCGUAUUCCUGCCUGAAUUUUCAGCGGGCACCCAUGGGCAUGAGCAGUGAUUCGUACAUCUGGGACCUGGAAAACCCCAACAAACCUGAACUUACUCUGAAGCCACCUUCUCCGCUUGUCACCUUGGAGUACAACCCCAAAGAUUCCCAUGUGCUCCUGGGAGGCUGCUACAAUGGGCAGAUAGCCUGGUGGGACAUUCGGAAGGGCAGCCUGGUGGCGGAGCUGUCCACCAUCGAGUUCAGCCACCGGGACCCCGUGUACGGCACCAUCUGGCUGCAGUCGAAGACAGGCACCGAGUGCUUCUCGGCGUCCACAGAUGGGCAGGUCAUGUGGUGGGACAUCCGGAAGAUCAGCGAGCCUACUGAGGUAGUGGUCUUGGACAUCACCAAAAAGGAGCAUCUGGAGAGCGCCUUGGGGGCUAUCUCCCUGGAGUUCGAGUCCACCUUGCCAACUAAGUUCAUGGUGGGAACUGAGCAGGGCAUUGUUAUAUCCUGCAAUCGCAAGGCCAAGACAGCAGCUGAGAAGAUUGUGUGCACUUUCUCAGGCCACCAUGGCCCCAUCUAUGCCCUCCAGAGAAACCCCUUCUACCCAAAGAAUUUCCUGACUGUUGGUGACUGGACAGCCCGCAUCUGGUCUGAAGACAGCCGGGAGUCUUCCAUCAUGUGGACCAAGUACCACAUGGCUUACCUCACUGAUGGUGCCUGGAGCCCAGUGAGGCCAGCAGUCUUCUUCACCACCAAGAUGGAUGGGACCCUAGACAUCUGGGACUUCGUGUUCAAGCAGUGUGAUCCUGCUCUCAGUCUGAAGGUGUGUGAUGAGGCCCUCUUCUGCCUCCGGGUGCAAGACAAUGGGUGCUUCAUUGCCUGUGGCUCCCAGCUGGGGACAGCCACCCUGCUGGAGGUCUCGCAGGGGCUCUCCAGCCUCCAGAGGAAUGAGAAGAACAUAGCUUCUUCCAUGUUUGAGCGUGAGACCCACCGGGAGAAGAUCCUGGAGGCCAGGCACCGAGAGAUGAGGCUGAAGGAGAGAGGCAAGGCGGAGGGUAAGGACGAGGAGGAGGAGCUGCCCACAGACCUGGAGGCCUUGGUCAGCACAGCCGAGGAGGAGUUCUUAGACGUCAUCUUCACUGAAAUGAAGAGGAGGGAGGCAGAAGCCAUGAAGAAGCAGCCCAAGCACCGAAAGCAAGAGCAAAUUCUGGAGGAAGACCAGGAGGUGGAUGAAGAGGAGGACGAGGAUGAGGAUGAGGACGACGACGACGAGGACGCGCCCGAGGGAGAGGAGGAUAAGGAAGAGGAUGCGGCAGCCUAGCAGGUCGGCCUCCAAUAGCAGUGCUGGCCCAUGUGCACCAUCCUCCCCCCACCUUAGCAUCCCCUUUGUUUUACAAAGGGGAAGCUGCGCUUUCCCUUAAAGCAUCACGAAGGGGGAGCACCAGGUCCCUGACAUUCCCCUCAUUCCCACAAAUCUCUGGGCCACACUGUUUUGCAGAAGCUAGGUCCUGAGCCUCUCGGAGGGAGGGAAGGGCAGGGCUCAUCCCCAAGCUGAGCACGCCCUGAGGCUGACUCUCCCUCCCCUCCUGACCCAGGGUUUCCUUGCACUCAGCUUCUCAUGGGGCUCCCCAAUAAUUGUUUUCCUUUAAUAUCUUGCAAAGCCUCCACUGGGCUUACACAGCCAGGCAGGCCUUGGGGACACCUGCAGGAGGAUGUCCUGGGGAAGGGUUUCUCCUUUUUCUAUACUGAACUCUUCAUCCUCCUACAAGUUGGGAAUGGAAAGCUUGUCCACUUCUAACAUGCCUUUCCGAGCAGGCCUGUGGGUGUGUGGGAGGAUGGACGCUACGAGCUCAGCUCAGCGCUGGCCUGCUCUCUGUAUCUGAACCCCUGUAAAAGUA